AUGCUCCCGGCACGCUCGCUUUAUGACUCCGGUUACAAGGGUCAGAACUUCGGGCCCUCUGGCGAAGACUGCCCCCAAGCACGUCCAGAGAUGCUGGAGCGAGCAAAGGAGGAAGCCAAGAUGGCGGAGGAGCAAGGCAAGCGCGCUGCAAAGAGGGGCGCAAUUCCCACAGGGCCCCCAGGGCUUCCAACAGGAGUCGUAGUUGUCGAGCAGAAGUACGUGGAUUUCCUCCUUGGUCCAGGAGGCCAGUCUCUGGCUGCUAUCAACCACGCGGCUGGUGUCAACGUGAACCUGGACCAGACGCACAAGUUCUCAGGAUACUCCAUCGCCAACAUCUAUGGUCCAGAGGACAGGGUGCGGAACGCCAAGCUGGCUAUUGACUUCAAGCUGUCCCAGUGGCUGCCACUGAACGAACGUCGAAGAACGGGUGGGGCUGUUAAUAGCCAAUCCAACCAGGUUCCCGCGCCGCUUGGCGGGAGAGAGCCGGCAGGGAGGAGUUCUGCCGGAGGCGGCGGUGCAUGGUCAGAUGUCGACCAGCCAGGUGAGGCCAAGGGCAAGCCAAUUACUGGCGGCCUUCUCUGA